AUGGCUGCUCAGCUCUUUCAGAUAAGCAAUGCAACAGCAGCAAAUAGAAAUCAUCCCGUUUUCUUCUCUAAUCCAUUAAUCUCAACAGCAACAACUUCUUCAAGAACAACAACCUCAUACCCAAAUCAUCUGUUUAACAAAAGAUUUUCUUAUCCUUCUUAUUCUUCUUUCAAGUGCAGAGCAGCAGCCUCACCCAUUGAGGAUGCCAUUGUUUCAUUGUCCAGUGAAUCUCAAUCUUUCUUGUCCAACAAUCUCCCUGAUUAUGAUCAAUUUUUCCAGAGCUUGGCUUUUCAACAGCUGCCUGAAUCCCAGAGAUGGGCUUUGCUGCUUUCUGCUGGUCUUGCAUGGCUCUACUUAACUGCUAGGCCAGGUGUUUUAAUUGGUGCUAUAGAUGCAUACCUCCUUGCCCCACUCCAAGUUGGUCUGGAUACAUUAACUGGGAGAAGAAGCUUGAAAAGGACUGAUUUUUUAAUUGGAGAAAGGAUUGGAGAAGGUUCAUUUGGGGUUGUUUAUUCUGGUGUCAUUGUUCCCAAGGGUGCCCAAGUAGAACUAAAAAAUCCCACUGUAAGUAGUGCUAGAAGAAAAGCUCUCCAGCCAGAUGAUUCAAUGUUCAAAGAAAAGGUCAUUCUUAAAAAGGUAAAGCUUGGAGUUAAAGGGGCUGUUGAAUGUGGUGAGUUUGAGGAGUGGUUUAAUUACAGGCUGUCGAGGGCGGCUCCCGAGACGUGCGCUGAAUUUCUUGGAAGCUUUGUUGCUGAUAAGACCAAUACCCAAUUCAUAAAGGGUGAGAAAUGGCUUGUCUGGAAAUUUGAGGGAGACCUUGACCUUGCGGAUUACAUGAAAGCUCGCAGCUUCCCCUUGAACCUGGAAUCCAUCAUGUUUGGUCGUGCCCUGCAAGCUGAGUCCAUUGAACGUAAUGCGUUAAUCAUAAAGCAGAUAAUGCGUCAAAUCGUUACUUCCCUCAAGAAAAUUCAUGAUACAGGCAUAGUUCACAGGGAUGUGAAACCGUCCAACUUAGUAGUUACAAAAAAGGGGAGAAUCAAGCUUAUAGAUUUUGGAGCAGCUACUGAUCUUCGAAUUGGCAAAAACUAUGUACCUGAUCGCGGACUGCUUGAUCCCGAUUAUUGCCCUCCUGAGCUAUAUGUAAUGCCUGAGGAAACUCCAAAUCCACCACCUGAGCCGGUGGCUGCUUUGCUUUCUCCAAUCCUAUGGCAGCUAAACAGUCCUGAUCUUUUCGACAUGUAUUCUGCUGGAAUCGUGCUCAUGCAAAUGGCAGUUCCAACCUUGAGGUCUCCGGCGGGUUUGAAAAAUUUCAAUACAGAGCUGAAAACAUACGGUUAUAACUUGAAAAAAUGGCGUGAGAGAACUAGGACACGACCUGACCUUAGCAUUCUGGAUCUGGAUUCCGGCAGAGGAUGGGAUUUGGCCACAAAACUUAUUUCGGAGAGAGGAUUCAUGCGAAGGGGGCGUUUAUCUGCUGCAGCAGCCCUGAGGCAUCCUUAUUUCUUGUUAGGUGGAGAUCAAGCGGCUGCAGUUCUAUCAAAAUUUGCAUACAAGUAG